AUGGAGAUUCCAACAAAACAUUUGGCAUUAUCAAAUUACAAUAAGCAAUAUGGUCAUCUAUUAGGUGAAUUUCUUUGUUUAUAUGGAAAUAUAACUCGUCAAACAUUGAAAAAGGCUACUGCGAUUCGUUUAUCUGAUUUAGAUGAUGAUUCAGUUGUAAUUUCAUUUUCAUUGCCAGAUAUUCCUUUGCCUGUUGAUAAAAUUAUAUUAUAUCCUGAAGAAUAUAAAGGAACUCCGGAAUCCAAGUUUAAUCAAAUGUUAUUGAAAACAGUUGAGAAGAGUGGUAAAUCGCUGCUAAAGAUUAAUACAUGUUUAGGUCCACGUACACCUGCUGACUUAGCAGUACUUUUAGUGGUACCAUUACCUUUAGUAUGUUAUUUAUAUAGACCAUUAUUAUUAUGGAUUCCAAUCAUUGGUAAUUACUUAAGUGAAAAUCCAAAUUAUAUUCUAUGGAUUAUUGGUUUAGAACUUUUAUGUCAUUUAUGUGAAUCUUUAACAUUUAUAAAACCAUUAAUGUUUCGUUACAGCAUAGCUCCUGAUCUUCAAGUUGAAUGGUACAUGUGGGGUCUAUUAGAAGGUUACAGUCCCGUUAGAAGACUCAAUGCUUUUGCUCAACCAAAAGAGAGUACGUUGAAAGAUACACUAAUGAAUAUAUGA